AUGUUAACGCACCCAUUACGACAUCCAUUGCAGCAAUUCCACGUAAAAGUGAAUGAUGCAUACACUAUUUCACAUUAUGAUAUAUCCGAUACAGAAUUUUUAUGUCGAGUGAAAGCCUUGCAUACAUUUACUUUUGUCAAACCAUUUAAAUGGCAUUUCGGAGAAGAAUGGACAUUUCUUGAUAUUUUGACUUCUUCUAAUAUUAUGCCUAUUUUACGACGAAUGAAUUUUUCUAUUGUUAUUAAUGCUGAUGAUCUGAAUCAAAUGAAUCACUCAGAAUUUUUCACUGAUUAUCGUCAUGUUGAUGUUCAUUUUGCAUUCAUUAUCGAUGACAAUCGAUUACAUAGUGAACUUAGUAAAUAUGUACCAUAUAUUAAUGAAUUACAAGUAUUUACAUCAUCUUCUCCGGCUAAUACAAUUGGUUCUUCUCGUCUUGUUAAAUUGAAUAUGUCAGACAAUAUUCCAUCAUCUGCUACUCUUCUUUCUCAUGUAAUGUCUUGGAAUCAAAUAGUUGAACUUCAUUUAUUUCGAUGUGAUAGUCAAAUUUCUUUCAAUUUACCGAUGGUUACUCAUCUUACUCUUAUAGACAGUCUUAAUGCACUAAAUACUUGGUCAAUUGCAACAAAUAUUCGAUCUAUUCAAAUUAUUCUUCAUUAUUAA